AUGUCAGAACAAUAAAACUUAAAGGAAGAGACAAAUAGGAACUUUGCAUUAGCUACUGCAAAAGUUGUUCCUAGAGGAUCAAAGGAGAUAUCUAAUAUAAUAGGAGAUCGUAGAUCUUCAUAUAAUAUUGAAGGUUAUGAUCAUGUUAUUGCNACUUAUGGAAUAGAAUCAAAAUAAACAAAGAUUUAAUAGAUUGGAUUAAUUAGUAAACAAUAAUUUGAAUAAUUGUAAGUAGAUGAAAAGGGUCGUUAUAUAGCUAUGGAGUUAUAUAAUUAUUUAUAUUUUGAGACAAAUAUUUAAUAGAGGAUAAAUAAAUUGUUGAGCUAGAUUUAAUAAGAGUAGGAUGAAUCAAUUCUUAUAUCAGAAGUUGGUCUUGGAAAUAAAAUAAUAAUUGUCUUGUCUUAAUAGUAAUUGAAUUAUUUAAUAGAAAAUUAUUAAGAGUUAGAAUGCAACAAGUUGAUUAAAUUUGGAAAAUACCUCUCAAACACAUUUUAUUAUGUAGAAAUAGAAAAUAUUGGUGAGUUAUAUGAAGAUGCAUAGGAUAUGUUAAGACGUAUAGGUUAUGAGUUGGUGGAUACUUAUUGCAAUAGGAAAAAGUAGAAAUAUAAGAAUUAGCAAAUAAUCUAAUUAAAAUAAAAUAGUUGGAAGUUAUGCAUAUAUUCUAAUAUAAAGAAGUUUUACACAAAGUUAUUAAAUGAUCUAUUAGAAAUGAAAUUCAAUGAGAAGGAAUAUCUCUAAAUAUUUUAGGGAGGUGUUAAGUUAUCUGAGCUUUAGAUAGAUUUAGGGAAAUUUUAAAUAAAACAUGAAAAGGACAUAAAUAAAUUGGAUUAGAUGAUUUUGGAUGAUUCAAAUUGUAAUGAUUAUAAUUUAAUCAAUAAAGAUAAAUGUGUGUCUUAGAAGAUAGACCAGUUUACACCAGGAAAUUAUUUGACUAUAGUAGUAAGAUCUGAACAAUUACCAAUAGAAAAUGUUACUUAACUUUAUCCUGAAACUAGUCUCAUCAGGUAUUUUUAUGUAUUAUUAUAAUUUAAGAGGUUAUUUUGAAAUACAAAGAAAUUAUUCUAAGCAACAACAAUAAAACUUCUGA